UUCUCUUCCUCUGUGAUUGUCGCCGUGCUUCACUUCCUCUACGAAAUCAUGGCGGUGUACGGCCCGGUUGUGAAGAUCCACCCGGUGGUUUUGGCGUCGAUCGUUGACUCUUACGAGCGACGAAAUGAAGGGGCAAGUCGAGUGAUCGGAACAUUAUUAGGAACUGCAGACAAACAUUCAGUUGAAGUCACCAACUGCUUCUCCGUUCCUCAUAAUGAGUCGGAAGAUGAGGUGGCUGUGGACAUGGAGUUUGCCAAGAACAUGUAUGAGCUCCAUAAGAAGGUUUCACCGAGUGAAGUUAUUAUUGGGUGGUAUGCCACAGGAUUUGACAUCACAGAACACUCUGUUCUGAUUCAUGAGUAUUACAGCCGAGAGGCUCCCAAUCCCAUUCACCUCACAGUGGACACGGCACUUCAAAGUAACAAAAUGAACAUCCGCGCCUACGUCAGUUCACAGAUGGGUGUCCCUGGCAAGACAGUUGGUGUCAUGUUCACCCCACUGACAGUCAAGUAUGUUUACUACGACACAGAGCGCAUCGGAGUUGACCUUCUACAAAGGACUCGUGAAUCACCCAGUCGCACCAACGGGCUGACCACAGAUCUGGCCCAAGUGGGCGGUGCAGCAGGACGCAUUCAAGAAAUGCUUUCAACAGUCCUCACAUAUAUAGAGGAUGUGCUGUCUGGUAAAGCGACAGCAGAUAACAGUGUUGGUCGCUACCUGAUGGACCUUGUAAACAAAGUGCCCAAGAUCUCAGCAGAAGACUUUGAGAGCAUGCUGAACUCCAACAUUAAUGAUCUGUUGAUGGUGACCUACCUGUCAAAUCUCACUCAAGCUCAGAUUGCGCUCAAUGAGAAACUAGUUGUUCUGUAGUUGGAAAUAAAAAUAAAAUCUUAUCAUUCCAA